UGAAGAUAUAUUCUUUGUUCGCGUCGUUCGUAAUGGAAGCAAGCUCGAGACCUGUCGUUGUUCGUUUUCCUGCUAUCAUACUGCCAACUGAACUUCAAAAAAUGGUAGAUGAAGCUGACAUCGAUAUGAUCGUCGCCAAUCCUAGCGAAGUUUUUCAAAUGAGCGAAGAAAGUACUCGAAGAGUUGCAGGAAUGGUGCUUUACACAAAAACAUAUUGUAAAAUAAGCGGAGAGUUGAUGGAUUGCUUUCCUAAUCUCAAAGUUAUCAGUAAUUUUGGUGCUGGUGUGGAUAAUGUUGAUGCAGUGGCGGCCUCUGAACGUGGAAUUGCUGUGGGAAACACUCCUGGAGUUUUGUCAGAUUGUACAGCAGACAUGGCAUUCGCUCUGUUAAUGGCUUCCGCGAGAAAUAUAGUGGAAGGUGACAAAAUUUCUAAAAGUCCCGAAACUAAACAGAUCUCUUACUUGCAUGGUUAUUACGGCAGGAGGGUGACCGGAUCAACCAUCGGAAUUGUUGGUAUGGGCGGGAUUGGAAGUGCUGUGGCUAAACGAGCUAAUGGAUUUGACAUGAGAAUUGUGUACCACAACAGAAACAGACGUGAAAUCGAGGAGAAGAAAUUUGGUGCUCAAUACUGCAACACUCUAGACGAGCUGCUCUGUCAGUCAGACUUUGUAGUGCUAUGCACUCCUCUUACUAAAGAAACAGCAAACCUGAUAACAGAAAGGGAGUUAGCUCUGAUGAAAUCAACAGCGACACUUGUUAACAUCGCACGUGGAGGAAUCGUCAAUCAAACUGACCUGAGCGAAGCGCUACAGAGCGGAGUAAUAAGAGCUGCUGCGAUGGACGUCACAGAUCCCGAGCCCCUGCCUAGAGACCAUCCGUUAUUAAAACUACCUAAUGUUAUCAUUACGCCGCAUAUGGGAUCAGCAACUGUCUACACAAGAAUGAAAAUGAUGGAGGUGGUUUUAAUGAAUCUUAAAGCUGGCUUGAAUGGAGAGAAGUUGCCCUUUAGGUUUAAUUAGAGAGCUUUCAGGAAGGAGGGACGGAGUUCGUAGUCGUAAGUGUACACUAGUAAAGGAAUGGUUGUUGGAAAAUAAUUAUUCACUGAACUGUUAAAGUCGAUGUAGUAUUCAAUGGGUGGUUGAGUGCUACUUAUACUUCGUUCAACGUAGUUUUGUCGCCGUCGUGGACGUCAACAACCGACUGACUCCCCCGAGGCCAGUUUCCUGCACUCAUUCUUGACUCCUUUCGCUUCGCUUUGAAAACACUCAUCAUGAAUACAGGACAUGCUAGUCUCUCACGCCUGAAUAAUAAAUCCGGAAUAUUUAUGCAUAUGUAAUUAUAUUAUUUGUUAGCUUUAUUCAGAUAAUAGCAGUAUUCGGUGACACUCUGUGUUCAUUAAUUAGCACCUUGACGGUAGAGAUUUAAUCUCGGUCUGUAACUUUGCUGUGUCUGUAACUUCUUUUUAGAGGGCAUUUGGAUACCGGCAGGACAGCGAAUAAAUCAGCAUGGUGUGGACUGAAAAUUCACGUUCUAUGAUAUCAAUUAA